AUGGACCCGCUCGUGCCAACCAUCCUCAUCCCGGCGUCGGCCGCCGUGGGCGUGCUGUUCGCAAUCAUCUUAUGGCAGCGGGUCAGCAAGAUCCAGAUGACGGGUGGCAGCGUGUUCCGCAGCGGCGACCGGGCAUACCUGCUCGAGGAGGAGCAGCGGGGCGACGACGAGAGAACUACACUGACAGUGUGA